UCACCGCCAGCCGAGCAAGGUACCUUUCCUUCAUAUCGUUGCACGGAAGAGCACGAGAUUGCCGAGGAGCGCCGUCUGCUCUACGUCGCUAUGACGCGUGCGCAACUUUUCCUGGUGACCUACAUCCUCGUUUCGUGCUCUGACCGCAGACUUUGACUAGCGCGCGGGUACGGAUGGCAGGGGGAGAGGAGCAGCCGCGGAUUUUGAGCGAAUUCGUAUCUGCAUCGCAACGCAAGCAUCCAGUAUGUUCGGUGCUCCUGCAGCGCCCUUUGCUGACAUGCAGGCCAUCUUCACUGGUGAUGUCCCCAAUAUCGACGCGGACAUCCGGGUACAAAUGUCGCAAAUGCUUGGGCGCCCUACACCGGACGAGGAAGCGACCAAGGAAAUGGUCGCAGAGCACGUCCGAGCUGCGCCGUCACCGGAGUCGUGGGAUGUGACUGUGCCGGGCACACGGGCGUUCGGCAUACGGAGGGGGAUGGGAGGCCGCGCAACAGAGUACUGGAAGUCGGAUGCCGACGAUUAUGCCCUCCCUCCAAUGGGGGCUGAUGCGCCGCGCGGCAGCUUCUCGUUCUUCUCGAGCGCGAAAAGCAUGGCCCAGACGCAACCGCCAGCGCCCAAGCCGCCGGUCCAGCGCCUCGAGUCGUCGGUUAAGAACCUCCCGGCUCCGCUUCCAUUCACGUUUGCCACUGAGCAAGCUACACGGCCCGAAGCCACGCUCAGCUCGUUCGCUUCCGCCGGCAGCUCGUCGUUGGCCGCCAUGAAGGCGCUCGGAUUACCUGACGCCCCGUUGGCGGGCGCGGUCGGAACUGCCAGGUCUGUACCGGCCGUUCCGGGCGGCGCGGGCGGGCCUAGCGUUCCGCUCGCGCGAGGGACCAAGCGCCUCGGAAUGGGGCGCCCUGCGCCCUGGGGGUCCAAGAAGGCCAAGCAGGAGUGAUCUGUAUAACAUUGUUGUUGUACUGUGCAUGUCAACCAAUGGGAGAAAGAUGGAUGUCAUCCGUUGCUCGUGCAGAUGCGGUGGCGCCCAGGCCGCGCAAGAUCGGUCGCUCGUGUCGCGUCGUGCGCACGUGAGUGGUAAUUCUAGAUCUGGUGCCUGCGGCUAGCGGCGUCUUGUGGGCUCGAGUCGAGUGGUGAUGGGAACGAGCUGACCGAUCCCAUGUAAUCAGUCACGCCCUCUCGACAGCCCACAGCGCUAUGAGAACUGUGCGAUCUCGCUCGCAGCUCGCUCCACAAACUUCUCG